UUGUAGCUCCACGUAGCGACUACGCUACCUAAAUUACGCGGACUUUUUCGCUACGAAACUAAAGAGCAACUUUACUGAAAAACUUCGUGAAAAGUGUUGGUGUUCGAAUAAAUAAGUGAUAUUUAUAUAUUUCUUUUGGGAAUAUUAUAAAUUUUAUGGUUGGUUAUAAACAUUUCAGUGGAGUUUUAAAUUGUGUUAAAAAGUUGUGUACUCGUACCCCAUGAUCCCGUUAGAAGAUUGUUCUUCGGGUAUGAAAUUGAAGAGCAGAGACGACUAGCCAAAUGAAUUCUACGGCUCAUAACGCUCGCGAUUGACAAGAUGACGUCAGCUGGCCUGCUGAUUUUCAGUGCCCUGCUCACAAGGACAUUAUGUGUAAUCGCCCCGCAGAUACCAGAUUUCAAAACCGGUGACAAGAAGAUCAUCAAUGGACCGUUCUGGCACGAGGUGUUCACGGAGGUGUACGAGGACCAGGAAGAAGACAUCUCCACCACUACUUCAGAGCCCCUGCCAUUCUUCGAAGAUGAUGCCUCUACUAACAACGUGACAACCCAGUUGGGCAGUCGCGUAUAUCUGCACUGUCGGGUCCAUGACUUGGGAGAAAAGACAAUAUCAUGGGUGAGACGUCGCGGCGAAGAUCUCCAUCUUCUUUCCUUCGGACGCCACACGUAUUCAGCGGAUUCCCGUUACUCUUUAGCCUUCGAGCAGCCCAAUGAUUGGCGCCUGCUCAUACAGUACGUGAGUGAAAGGGACGAAGGAUACUACGAGUGCCAGAUAUCUACGCACCCGCCCCUGGUGCGAAGAGUUCACCUGAGUGUUGUUGUGCCAAAAGUUGAGAUAGUGGACGAGCGCGGACGACCUCUUCAAGACAAGUUCUACAAGGAGGGUUCUAUCAUUGAGUUGCGAUGUGUCGUCAGUGAAGUUCCCCAACCAGCACGGCAGGUCAACUGGAAGCAUGGUGGAAGACUGCUCAAUUAUGACACCAAACGUGGUGGCGUCAGUGUGAAAACCGAGGCUACAUCGAACGGCGCACUGUCAAGACUCUACAUUGCGAAUGCGAAUAGAAACGACUCUGGAAACUAUACAUGCUCACUCGCGGACGUCGCCGCGUCUGCUGUUUCUGUGCAUGUAUUAAGAGGCGAAAAUCCUCUGGCGAUGCAACGAGGAGCCGCUUCAAUGCUACAUCCCACUUUGGUUUUAUUGACUAGUUACUUAAGUUGACAUAUACUUAGCGCGUAAUGUACGCGCAAUGUGCUGUAAAAAGUAAUAAACGUGUACUUAGUUUUAUUCAUAUUAUAAGGAUGGAUAAUGUUGAACUUUUUAGAACUUGUAACGUUAAUAAAUAUUGUGUUCGUAAAUUGUAACAAGUGCUGACGUAAAGUUACUAUCCGAAAGUCAAGAAAUGAUUCUCUAAUGGCAUUUAAGACUGAUGAUUUGAAACUAAGGAUUGACUUAUUUAGAGAGGUUGAGAAAUGAAAUUAAAAUGACAAAAAGUUAAUGAAAUAUUAUGAUUAAGUACAUGAAAAUUAUCAUAUCUGUUUAUAUUUUUAUCUACGAUUUUUUCUGUAAUAAUUCGAUCGAAAAAUCAGUAAAAAAUAUACUUCUCAGUUUUAUUUAUGAUUUAAAUUAAACCUUUUCCCAAAUGUAUCAAUAAAUAAAAUAAGUUUAUCAUAAUGUUAUGAUUCUCCACAUACUGUGUUAGCUGAAACUUUAAUUUGCCCAAUAUUAUGUGUCUAUCGAUUAUUUAUUUAUAAAUAAGCAGCAGUUAUAAUUUGUUGUCUAACUUUUAAAGUCUGUUUCCAAAGAGAAAUAAAAAUCGCUUAGAAAGUCCACACAAUAAUGUAUCAGCACAUUUUUCGCUAUCGGAAGUUUUACUUUGCAGCUAUGAACGUUUAUUACUUUUUAAAGAAUGAUCGAGUUCAGCCAAAGUUAGGUAACUUUGAGAACUACGCAGUUAUAAAGUGUUUGAAAAACUAUAGCACGAGUUUAUUGAAGUUAGAAUUUCGCUUUUAAAGAUUCAAAAAAAAUUUAAAAUGAAUUUCGUUGAAAAACCAAGCCAUUUUUAGAAAUACUUCGUAUAAUGAUAUUAUUGACAAUGAGUCUCAAAAACUGUUCAUUUUCAGGUCAGAAUUUGCAUGAUUAUAUCGCUUUAAAAAACUAUAAAUUUACAAAGUAUAAUACUUUUUUGUGAAAGAUAAAUAAUUUCCAGUUAAACCAUAAGUGAGCAAUUUUUCAAUACCUAGCUUGUCAACAAUAAAAAUCUUAAAAUGAUAGAUUUGUUUAAGGUGGUUUGAGUUAAUAAUAAUAAACUAUCUCUGCAAAAAACUGCUAAUAAUAAUAGGUAAUACUUUUUACUUA